AAUACUCGAUUCCAAUUUCCCCAUUUUUUUUUGUUUUUUGUCAAAAUAAUCUGAAAACUGAGCGGAAUUUGGAAGAUUUCGUUCGCAUUGAAGCAAUCGCGCGCGAAUUUGAUCGGCCCUAUAUGGACGGACCGCUCGGAGACGACGAUCGGAACGCCCUGGAGGGGCUCUCCAAUUCUCCUCCCAACCGGAAGGCCCAUUCCUACAGCCAGCAGUUGCGGACCAACACAGGGACCCUCCACAAGCGCCACCACCAGUUCCGCAAGCACAGCCUCGACGACGACCGCAUUCCUAAUAAGAUUGCCAGCAAUUCCUACGCCGUCUACGAAAACUCCGACGACGAGGAUGAUUUCUACCCCUAUUCCAUCAACAACAAUUGCGCCACCAGCGGCGCAGGCGGCAGCGGCAGCGAGCGCUACGACUACCCCGGUCUCAGCCAGAGCCUCGAUAGCCCUACCGCUGACGGGUCCGAUGAUUUGCCGUACCAGCAAUCGCUUCCGGAGUUCGUCGGGGCUGGGGGAACCACGGGGAUUUUCAGAUCCCCAUCGCGGGCCGCGGUGCACCCGGGCCGUCCGCCUUGCCUCGAGCUAAGGCCUCACCCUCUCAGAGAAACCCAGGUGGGGAGAUUUUUGAGGUCGAUCGCUUGCACAGAGACGCAGCUAUGGGCGGGGCAGGAAUGCGGGGUGAGAGUGUGGAAGUUUUCUGAUGCAUACGAGCCGGGAAUAGGGGUGGGUGGGAGAGCCAAGAGAGGGGACGAGGAUGCGUCACCAUUUUAUGAGUCUGCGAAUACAUCUCCAGCACUGUGUUUGCUGGUUGAUCAGGGAAGUAGGUUGGUAUGGAGUGGGCAUAAGGAUGGCAAGAUUAGGUCAUGGAAGAUGGACCUUCCUUAUGAUGAUGUUCCUUUCAAGGAAGGCCUGUCUUGGCAGGCUCAUCGUGGUCCAGUUCUGUCCAUGGUGAUUACUUCUUAUGGUGAUAUAUGGUCGGGUUCUGAAGGAGGAAUAAUAAAGGUCUGGCCAUGGGAAGCGAUUGAAAAAUCACUCUCUCUUUCUCCAGAAGAAAGACAUAUGGCUGCAUUACUGGUGGAGAGGUCAAGCAUUGAUCUUAAGAGCCAAGUUACUGUUAAUGGUGUUUGUAGUAUCUCAUCCUCUGAGGUUAAGUGUUUGUUGUCAGAUCAUGUUAGAGCUAAGGUGUGGGCAGCUGCAUCUUUAUCCUUCUCAUUAUGGGAUGCUAAGACCAGAGAACUUGUGAAAGUAUAUAACGUAGACGGUCAGGUUGAGAACCGAGUUGACGCUCCAUCAGCACAAGAACAAGCAGUUGAAGAUGAGAUGAAUGUUAAGUUUGUGUCUAAAAGCAAAAAAGAAAAAUCCACCUUUCUGCAGCGGUCUCGCAACGCUUUAAUGGGAGCAGCAGAUGCUGUUCGCCGAGUUGCAACUAAAGGGACAGGGGCAUUUAAUGAAGAUGCAAAGAAAACAGAAGCACUGACAAUUGCUUCUGACGGAAUGAUCUGGACUGGAUGUUCGGGUGGCUUGCUUGUGCAGUGGGAUGGAAAUGGAAACCGCAUACAAGAUUUUCAUCACCAUCAUUGUGCUGUUCUAUGCUUUUGCACUCAUGGAUCACGGAUAUGGGUUGGCUAUGUUAGCGGGAUGGUGCAGGUGUUGGACCUGGAAGGAAACAUACUUGCAGGGUGGAUUGCUCACAACGGCCCUGUCAUAAAGAUGGCAGUUGGGAACGACUAUAUUUUUAGCUUAGCUAAUCAUGGUGGCAUUCGGGGAUGGAGCAUUGCUUCCCCAGGCCCCAUUGAUAAUAUUAUACGACCAGCAUUGGCGGAAAAAGAAGACGUGUAUACCAGAUAUGAAUGCAUCCGAAUUUUAAUUGGAACAUGGAAUGUUGGUCAAGGAAAGGCAUCACAAGAAGCACUUAUGGCAUGGCUGGGUUCUGCAGUGUCGGAUGUUGGAAUUGUAGUUGUUGGAUUGCAAGAAGUGGAAAUGGGUGCUGGAUUCCUUGCCAUGUCUGCUGCAAAGGAAACUGUAGGACUUGAAGGAAGUUCUCUUGGACAAUGGUGGCAGGACGCUAUAGGAAAGGCUUUGGAUGAAGGACCAACUUUUGAACGCGUUGGUGCAAGGCAAUUGGCUGCUUUGCUUAUCACUAUCUGGGUAAGAAAGACACUAAGGACACACAUAGGGGACCUUGAUGUUGCUGCAGUCGCAUGUGGCUUGGGCCGUGCAAUUGGUAAUAAGGGUGGCGUAGGUUUGAAGUUGAGAGUAUAUGACCGCAUUAUGUGCUUUGCAAACUGUCAUUUUGCAGCACAUUUGGAAGCAGUCAAUCGCAGAAAUGCUGAUUUUGACCAUAUAUUUCGAACAAUGACUUUCACUCGGUCUUCUAACAUCAAUGCUGUUGCUCCUGUCCCCUCUGCUGCUCAAAUGCUUCGUGGACCAAAUGCUGCAGUAGUUAAUCAUGAUGAUGGAAAGCCUGACCUUGCUGAAGCUGAUCUGGUCACUUUCUGUGGUGAUUUUAAUUAUCGUCUUUUUGGAAUAUCAUAUGAUGAAGCAAGGGACUUUGUUUCACAACGAUGCUUUGAUUGGCUUCGAGAAAAGGAUCAACUUAGAGCAGAGAUGAAAGCUGGUAAAGUUUUUCAAGGGAUGCGUGAAGCCAUCAUCAGAUUCCCUCCAACAUACAAGUUUGAAAGGGGGAAACCAGGGCUUGGAGGAUAUGAUUCGGGCGAAAAGAAACGAAUUCCAGCCUGGUGUGACAGGGUACUAUAUCGAGAUAGCCGUGCAGCUCCGUCAAUGAAAUGCAGUUUAGAGAGCCCUGUUGUAGCUUCCAUUUUACAGUAUGAUGCUCUCAUGGACGUGACAGAAAGCGAUCAUAAACCAGUGCGAUGCAAAUUAAAUGUUGAUAUUGCCCAUGUUAAUAGAUCCAUUAGAAGACAAGAGUUUGGGCAAAUUUUUCAGUACAAUGAUAAGAUCAGAGAGGCACUGGAAGAACUGCGUUGUGUUCCAGAUAUAAUGCUUAACACUGACAAGAUAGUUCUUCAGAACCAAGAAACUUUCAAUUUGAGAAUAACCAACAAAAGUGGAAAAGAUAAAGCUUUCUUUGAGAUACUAUGCAAAGGACAAGCUACAGUCAGGGAGGAGGAUGAACACCCAUUAGACUAUCGCCCCCGAGGAUCCCUAGGGUUUCCUCGCUGGCUUGAGGUUUCACCGGCAAUUGGGAUGAUCAAACCUGACCAAUCCGUAGAGGUCGUUGUGCGGCACGAUGAAUUCCACACCCCCGAAGAAUUUGUUGACGGAAUUCCUCAAAGCUGGUGGUCUGAAGACACCAGAGAUAAAGAAGUAGUUUUGUUGAUCAAUGUGGAAGGCAGUCGGACUAUUGAGUCAGUAACACAUAAACUCCAUGUGCGCCACUGCUUCUCUCCCGGAUCAAAUGCAGUUAUUAGCAGUGAAACGAGGAGCAGCAGCACAAGAAGAACAGGAAGUUCCCACCAGAGGUCUUCUCUCAAGCAUGUAGGCAGUGCAAAUAAUAUCGUUGACGAUCAGCGAAAUCUGCGGGGUCCAUGAAGCUGCUGCACAAAGAGGCUAAAGACAAAAGCACCCAAGAGUGUGCUCUUGAUUCCAGGAGGCUUUUCUCAUUAGCUGAAUUCUUACACCUGAUAGCAUGCUGAUGUAAAUACUCGGUCCGCUCUUUAGUUUUGAAGCCUGGCCUCUUCAGUGUCCAGCUCAGAAAACCUGGUAUUU